AUGAAUGAAGACGCCCAAAACAACAAGGCAGACCUGAAUGUCGGCUCUAGAGUUGAUGGCAUGGAUGAAUUCGAUUCCUACUUUCAAGAUAUAGAUAAUGGAAAUAAUAUGGCAGGAAUAACGAAUGGUGACGAAUUUGAUAAUGAUUUUCUAGACAUUUACAAUCUAACCCCCAGGCAGCGAAUCAUUUUAAAUGCCAAGAAGAUGGGUUACAAUCUCAUGAAGAGAUUUUACGCUUUGCAUUUGUGGCAGCGAGCCCUUAUUAUAUUCCUACUGAUAUGUCAAAUAAUUCUAAUCAUCUUAUUUAUGGUAUUCCACGACGCUGUCCUUCAUAAAUUAUUAGAAGUGUCGAACGAAUUGGAGAAGAAGAAAUCUACUCAAGUGGUUCUCUUGCUACUAUUAUUCAUUGUUGGGUUUCCACCUUUGAUUGGCUACUCGUUCUUAUCUACAAGCACAGGUUUACUUUACGGAGUAUCAUUUCACGGUUGGAUUUUACUAGCCGUUGGCUCCGUUUGUGGAUCGGUAGCUUCGUUCUACACGUUUAAGACCAUCUUACAUUCUAGAGCUGAAAAAUUAAUCCAUAUGAACCGUCGUUUCGAGGCCUUCGCUUCCAUAUUACAGGAGAAUAAUAGUUAUUUAAUGUUAGCUUUGUUAAGAUUAUGUCCGUUUCCUUAUUCAUUGACUAACGGUGCCAUUGCUGCUGUUUAUGGUGUCUCGGUAAGGAAUUUCACCAUUGCCAAUCUUAUCACGACACCAAAGUUAUUAGUUUACCUUUUCAUCGGAUCCAGGAUUAAGAAAAUGGCCGAGACAGACUCUACAGGCUCCAGGUUAUUCGAUUUAUUGACUAUUGUUGUCACUAUGGUUUUGUUCAUGAUGACUGCCUGGAUAUUGUAUUUUAGGACCAAGAAGAGAUAUAUGGAAUUGAAAAAUCAAGACAGAUCAGACACUAAUAUUCCUUCAUUAACGUCCAUGAACGACCCUUCAUCAUUCGAAAUCUAA